CAAAGGCAACGUAACCUUUGUCUCUCCAUUCAUGUAGCAUCUCCCUUAGUUUACUUCCUGUCCAUGUGGUGCAUGUGUGAAGCGUGCAUACUUACACUUUUUUUUAGUUUUUGAUUAAACUGAUUUACACAUUUGAAGCGUCUUCGAUAGUUGAGUCGAAUCACAGAUCAACAUGGGCCCGGCUUCCAAAAGGAACAAGAAAAAGAAGCCUAGCUUCAGAAAAUUACUGAAAACCAGCAAUCUGAAGCUGGAAAACAAACAGAAGAAUCGGCAGUUUAAGCAACAGAGCUCAGCUAAGAAACAACGCAAAGAACAUAGGAAACUUCGGCAAGCCAUUACAGAUGUCUCCCAUAAGACCCUCAAACCCCUGGAGCGCUAUAAGAAGAAACCAGAAGGGGAAGAAGAGGAGGACGAGGAGGAGUUCCUGGAGUCUCUGCCUGUAGACAUGAUGGAUGAGGAUGACCUCGAACAGAUCAGAGCCAUGGCAAAGAAAGCUUCCUUUCUGACUCGAGACAUCUCAUCCUGCGCUCCAGUACAUGCCAAAAAGCGCAAGUCCGAGCAGCAGGUGAAGAAGUAUGAGAAGAUGCCCAGGAAGAUGCAGCAGGAGGAAGAGAAAGAACUCAUUCAUCUGCUGCCCAUCAAAGACAAGAGCGGCCUGAUCCCUCAGAGCAUGGAGAAACCUGUUGUGCCGGAGGCAGAGGAAGAGGAGGAACCGAUCGACCAGGAUGAGUUAAAAGAAGAGGAGGAACCCGAGAGUGUUCCAUUGUUAACUCCUCAGGAGCAACUAGAGCUUCGCACUGAGAGACUGACGGAGAAGAAACUGCGCAUCGCAAGUCUGUCGUCUGCAGUACUCGCAGAUCCACAUGUCAAUAUCAAGAAGCUGAAGGAGUUGAGGGCCAUGCUGAUGGAGACGGACCCGUGCGUCGCCAUCACGGUCAGAAAGCUAGUCAUGGUGUCCCUCCUGGAGGUGUUUAAGGACAUUGUGCCGUCAUAUCGAAUCCGACCGCUGACGGAAGAGGAGAAAGCUACAAAGGUGAAAAAAGAGACGCUGCAGCUGAGGGAGUUUGAGGAGGGUCUCGUCAGCCAGUAUAAGUUUUUCUUGGAAGAUCUGGAACAGAUAGUCAAAGACUGGAAGCAGAAGAAGCAGAAGAGAAGUCAGGCCGUGUCUCUUCAGAGUUAUAAAGGUCUUGCUGAAGUGGCCAUCAGGUGCAUCUGUGAUCUCCUGGUAGCUCUGCCACACUUCAAUUUCCACAACAACAUCGUAGUCAUGGUGGUGCCUCUGCUGAGCGACCCCGUCAGGAAGGUGUCUGAGAUGUGUUGUGAAGCCGUCAGGAAACUGCUGAAGCAGGAUAAACUGGGUCAGGCCUCAUUAGCGGUGGUGAAGGUCAUCUCAGGCAUGGUCAAGGGCAGGAACUACAAGGUCAAACCUGAGGUGCUGAACUGUCUUCACUGUCUGAGAAUAAAAGAAGUGGAAAUGAAGAAAGAUACAGAAGAUUCUGCGCCAAAAAAGAAGUUCAUGUCCUUCAAGGAGAAGCGGACAAAUUUGUCCAGGAUGCAGCGGAAGUGGAAGAAAGCAGAGGAGAAGCUACAGAAAGAGCUUCUAGAAGCUGAGGCUUCAGAGAGCAAGGACAAGAAAAUUAAAUUGCACACAGAGACGCUGAACAUUGUGUUUCUCACCUACUUCAGAAUACUGAAGAAAGCUCAGAAGUCCAUCUUACUGCCCUCCGUUUUAGAAGGUCUUGCAAAGUUUGCUCAUUUGAUAAACUUGGAGUUCUUCGAUGAUUUGUUGGCGGUGCUGUACGGCCUCAUCACAUCAGGUGAUCUGAUGUAUCGCGAGAGCCUUCACUGCAUCCUCACCUCCUUCCACAUCCUCUCAGGACAAGGUGACGUCCUCAACAUCGACCCUUUGAAAUUCUACAACCACUUAUACAAAACGCUGCUGACGCUGCACGCAGGUGAGAUCUUCUCCAGUGUCUCUUUGUUCUGCACAUGCAGUGACACUGGGUUAUUUAAUAUGAGUGAGAACAUCAGUCACUUACACACCGUGGUGUCCCGGACAUUUAUUUUUAAGAAUUAAAUGCACAACUGCGAGACCCUCAAAAAAAAGUUUAAACUAAAAUGGUUUAAAACACGUGAUUUCAGCGUGAUAGACAUGAUAAUCAAAACCAAAGAGAUAUUUUUUUAGCAGAGUAUAUGAGGUAGGAGCUGUAAAGGCACUGUUCUAUUCUGGAAAAGGGGGCGGGGAACAGCAGCUCAUUUGCAUUUAA